AUGAAUAUCUCGCAACCCAUCUCGUCCGCUAUCGACAGCGUCGACUUCGAUUUUCUGACCCCUGCUGAGAUCCGAGCUAUCUCGGUCAAGAAGAUCGAAAACCCAACCACAUUUGAUAGUCUAUUGAAUCCCAUACCAGGUGGUUUAUACGAUCCAGCUCUGGGAUCAUGGGGCGACUCUACAUGCACAACAUGCAACCUUCCUCAGCCGAAUUGUCCAGGCCAUCCUGGUCAUAUCGAGCUUCCCAUUCCUGUAUACCAUCCUGUUUUCAUGGAUCAGAUCCUCCGCCUCUUGCGCGCUCAAUGCCAGUACUGCUUCCGGUUUCGCAUGCGAAGAGCCGAUCUCAACCUAGUCGUCUGUAAACUACGUCUGCUUCAGUUUGGUCUCAUUGAUGCGGCCAAUCACAUUGAUGAUAUUAGCUCAGAAACGACCGAUAUCGAAGUGGACGAUGAAGAUAUGUCUUCGGAUGAAAAGAACUCCGUCAUCGACAAGGUUGUCCGCAUGAGAGAGGCCUACACGAGGCAAGAACUGAAGAAGUGCCGGAUAGCAGCUGUCGACAUAAAAAAGGGAAAACAUGAGGGCGCAUCUGAAGCUCGGAGGCAGGCGUUGAAGGAUUUCAUGCGCGACAUGACUAAGGGAAGAGCCUGUCACACUUGCAACGCCAUCUCCCCUAGCUUCCGAAAAGACCGUUUCGUCAAGAUUUUCGAGAAGCCCCUAAGCAACAAGGACUUAGCCAAGAUGGCACAGGGAAGGCAUAAACGGAAGGAUGCUAUUCUUGUACGGCAAAGGGCCAAGGCAGAUGCGUCUAAGAGGAAACCCGACUACGAUUCCGACGAGGGGAUAGCCGACGUAGACUUACCUUCAAGUGAAGGGGAAGAACAUGAUAGCCAGGAGGAUGAGGAAGAGGGCUCCGGAGAAGAACUCGACGAAAAUGGCGACGUUGUCAUGACCGAUGUGAGCACGAAAACAGCCAAAAAGAAGCAGGACAAUAGCAAAACAAAUGCUCGAUAUGUCAGCUCAACAGAAGUACAUGCUCGGUUACAACUCCUGUUCGAAAAGGAGCAGGAGAUACUGGCAUUGGUCUAUAACUCCAUGCCCAAUGGCAAAAAGCUGCCAGCUGACAAUUUCUUCCUUCAAACUAUCCUCGUACCGCCAAACAAGUUCCGUCCAGAGGCGAGACAGGGGGAUGGUGCUAUCGCCGAAGCCCAACAAAACUCCUUGUACAAACUUAUUCUCAAUACAUGCGCGCAGAUUGCUUUGGUUCAUAAAGAGAUUUCCCAGGCAGCCGAUUCCAACGCCUCCGCCCCCGCUAGAAAGCGAGAGAUGACUGAAAUGUACGAAGCCUGCUGUAAACUACAAGACGCCGUCAAUUCCUUGAUCGACAAGGAUAGGAAUCCCAUUGGUGGCAGAGCAGGUAUGAGGAAUGAGGAUGGCAUCAAACAAAAGCUCGAGAAAAAGGAAGGCCUUUUCAGAAAAAACAUGAUGGGAAAGCGAGUCAACUUCGCAGCCCGAAGCGUUAUCUCCCCUGACCCUAACAUCGAAACGAGCGAAAUUGGUGUGCCGCCAGUUUUCGCCAAGAAACUGACGUAUCCUGAACCUGUAACAAGUCACAACUUCAGGGAAAUGCAGCAGGCUGUCAUUAACGGUAUUGACAAGUGGCCAGGCGCUGCUGCUAUUGAAAAUGAAAACGGGCAGGUCAUUAAUCUAAAGAACAAAUCGGUUGAAGAUCGUGUCGCAUUGGCAAAUCAGCUAUUAGCUCCUAGCAGUCAUCAUUACAGUCGCAUAGGGGGUAAGAAGGUCCACCGGCAUCUGGGUAACGGAGAUGUGGUGCUCAUGAACCGUCAGCCUACUCUUCACAAGCCUUCUAUCAUGGGACACAGAGCGAGAGUACUGCCCGGCGAAAAGACUAUUCGCAUGCACUACGCAAAUUGUAAUACAUACAACGCGGACUUCGACGGCGAUGAAAUGAACAUGCACUUCCCCCAGAAUGAGCUUGCACGAGUUGAGGCAUUGCAAAUAGCAGACACAGAUCAUCAAUAUCUUUCAGCGACAGCAGGAAAGCCCCUGCGUGGUUUGAUCCAGGAUCAUCUUUCGGUUUCGGUGGCUCUGUGUAACAAGGAUACUUUUUUUGACAAAAGCGCCUACAAUGAGCUCAUUUAUAGCGCGCUGCGCCCCGAAAGUGGCCAUAUCGUCUCAGAGAGGCUUGAAUUAGUCCCUCCAGCUGUAUUCAAGCCAUUUAAGCGUUGGACUGGUAAACAAGUCAUCACGACGAUUCUUAAAAACAUCAAGCCCGCUGGGUGUGGAGAUUUAUGGAUGACCGGAAGGACGUCAAUCAAGCAAGACCCAUGGGGUAAAUUCAAAGAAGAAGGUGACGUGCUCUUCAACGAUGGCGAGUUCAUUACUGGCAUCCUCGACAAGUCUCAAUUGGGUCCGAGCGCGGGUGGCUUCAUUCACUCGAUACACGAGAUUUGGGGACCUGAAUCAGCGGCUCGACUGCUUAGUUGUAUGGGUCGACUUCUAACUAGGUUCCUAAACAUGCGUGCCUUCACUUGUGGUAUGGAUGAUUUGCUACUCACUCCCGAAGGAGAGAAAAAGAGAAAGGAAGUUUUACAAGAUGCUGGUAGCAUUGGUCUCGAGGUUUCUGCUAAGCACGUAAGUCUCGGGGACCGUUCUGAUAUCAAUAGAACAACCCCAAUUCUUCUUGAACGCCUCGAGGAGGUUUUCCGUGAUGGCAGUAAGCAGGAAGACUUGGAGCAUAUGGUCAACGCCGGAUGUCAGCAAUUAUCUUCCAAAGUAACCCAAUCAUGUCUGCCCACUGGCCUGGUAAAGCAGUUUCCCAAAAAUCACAUGCAGUCUAUGACAAUUUCUGGUGCCAAGGGUAGUCCCGUCAACGCAAAUCUCAUUUCUUGCAACCUUGGGCAACAGACUCUAGAAGGAAGAAGAGUACCCAUCAUGGUUAGCGGCAAGACACUCCCUUGUUUCCGCCCAUUCGAAACUCACAUCCGAGCCGGUGGAUAUAUCGUAAACCGUUUCUUGACUGGUAUAAGACCGCAAGAGUAUUAUUUCCAUCACAUGGCUGGGCGUGAAGGUCUUAUCGAUACGGCCGUCAAAACUUCGCGAUCAGGAUAUUUGCAGAGAUGUCUCAUCAAAGGCAUGGAAGGUCUAAAGGUAUCCUAUGACACAUCAGUACGAGAUUCAGAUGGCUCCAUGGUACAGUUCUUGUACGGUGAAGAUGGUUUGGACAUAACGAAACAGAAAUACCUUGUUGAUUUCGAGUUCGUACUUCGCAACCAAACUUCAGAGGUUAAUCGCCUUGGAAUUGCAGAGCGAGGAUGGGACCAGGAUGUUUAUGAAUCCAAGGACUAUGCCCAAAAAUACCAAAAGAAAGCCAUCAAACAGUCCGCCGCGAAUGACCCGAAGAGUCUUGAUCCUAUUCUGACAGAGCUCAACCCUAAUAGGCAUGCGUUUGCCACUUCAGAAAAGUUUUAUCAGAAGGUCACAGACUACAUCAAGAAGAAUGAGCAUGGAUUGAUCAAGGAAAAGGGUGACAAAAGUAACAAGACCGUCUCGAAGGCUGUGGUGCCUCGCAAGUAUGCCGAGAAGAUUUUCCACUCGAAAUAUCUGAACUCUCUUGUAGAGCCAGGCGAAGCUGUGGGUAUUGUCGCAGGACAGUCGGUUGGUGAGCCAUCCACACAAAUGACGCUGAACACCUUCCAUUUGGCAGGCCACUCUGCCAAGAACGUCACGCUGGGUAUUCCUCGUUUGAGAGAAAUUUUAAUGACAGCUAGUGAUCAUAUCUCAACACCGUCCAUGACGUUAUUGCUGCAUCCAGAGCUGUCUGAAGCGGAAGGCGAGACCUUCGCGAAAGCUAUCAGCGUCCUACCCGUUGCCCAUGUCCUCGAUGAAGUAACAGUCAAAGAGCGAGUCGGUAGGGGCGUCGGUCACCGGUUGGCCAAAAUGUUCGAUAUCCGUCUGAAAUUCUUCAGCUCGAAGGAAUACACUCAGACGUACGCUAUCACCACAUCCGAUGUAUUAAAGACAGUGGAAAUGAAGCUGUUGCCCAUGUUGGAGAAAUUCGUGAGAAAGGAAAUCAAGGCUAAGCAGGACAAGGAGAGCGCAGCAGUACCCGAGGUUGGCGUAACCACCGGCGUUGUGGAAAUGGCCGCAGCAGCCCCUGGGGCUGGGCCGCGAGACGAGGAUGAUGAUGAUGAUGACGACGAUGGAGACGACGAUGCAACCAAUGAUAAACAGCGUGCCAAUCGCGCCCAAGCUGUCUCAUAUGGUGCGAAUGACGACGAGGACGACGAGAUCCAGAAGCGGUUAGAGCGUGAAGCGUCGCCCGAAGAGGAAGACGAGGAGCAUGAAGACGAAGGUUUCGGCGGCAGCCCACCUCCUUCAGGGGAUGAGGACGAGGAGACAACGAAGAAGGUCAACCGAAGCCGAGAGGAGCGUGUCAAAGAAAGGACACCCGUCGUCUCUCGAUUCGAAUGUGACGAGGCUCGAGGAGAGUGGUGUGACUUCACGCUGGAAUACCACGCUGAUAUACCCAAGGUUCUCAUGCUCAGUAUUGUCCAAGAUGCAGUCCGCAAAUCCCUCAUCCAGCAAAUUCCGGGAAUACGUAGCUGCGUCUAUGUGCCAGAUGAAAAGAUAGAAGACAUUUACACUGGCGAAGAAGUACGGAGGGCGGUUAUACACACUGAUGGUGUGAACCUGGAAGCGAUGCAGAAAUACGGCGACUUCAUUAACCCCAACGACAUCAAGACCAACGACAUUGCAGCUGUUCUGCGGGUUUACGGGGUGGAAGCGGCGCGACAGAGUAUCAUCCUCGAGCUUGGAGGUGUAUUCGGUGGUCACGGUAUCAGUGUCGACAAGCGUCAUCUGAACCUCAUCGGCGACUACAUGACACGGAAUGGCACGUUCACUCCAUUCAACCGUAACGGUCUCAAGGGCAAUGUCAGUCCGUUCACGAAGAUGAGUUUCGAGACGACCUUGUCCUUCCUCAAGGACGCGCUCCUCGACGGGGACUGGGACGACCUCACCACACCCAGCAGUCGUAUCGUCAUGGGCCGGCUUGGUAAGAUUGGAACGGGCGCGUUCGACGUCUUGACCAAGCUCCAUGUGAAGAACGGGAAGAACCACGUUGGUUAA